AUGCCUCCUCUAUCUAGCAAACGUUUGCGACAACGCUCUUCUAACAAGGCACUACGUGAGCUGGUUAUGGAACUGGCUGAGGAAAGGAGGUCAAAGUCCAAGCCGACCGCAGAGAUAGCUUCCUCUAUAAGCAAGAGAAUCUCUCAGAAUAAACCUCCUACAUACUCAGGGACUGGGGAACCUGCAGCUUUGGAAAGUUGGUUACGAGAAUUUGACAAAUUGUUCAACGUGGUCCAAUGCCCUGAGAACUUGAGGGUAAACCAGGCUGCAUUCUACCUUCAAGAAGAGGCAGACUAUUGGUGGUCGAAUGCAAGAGAUAGUGUGAUGAGUGAACUCGAUAAUCCGCUGAGUUGGAAGGAUCUCAAGACGAUGAUUCGAGAAAAGUUUUACCCACCGCAUACCAAGAAGCAGAAGUCUAAUGAAUUUGCUACGCUUGAGAUGGGGAAGAUGUCCGUGGAUGAAUAUUAUAAGGAAUUCAUAGAAUAUGUCAAAUACUGCCCUGAUGACGUCCCCACCGAAGAAAAGAAGAUGCAAAGAUUCGAAUUGGGAUUAGUGAAUUAG